AACAAGCUGAGCUCAUUGACUCUUUGCUCUUCACAAUCUUGACUCUCAACCACAUCCACCACAAUCGACAUUCUCCUACAUACACAAUGGAGAAGGACGCUGAAGGAUUCUACGCGCCUGCACCAGCAGCACCAGAAGCGAGUUCCAGUACUCCGCCACCGCCACCUGCAGCAGAGCUUACAACUGCAAAGACGGAAGUGACUGUAACAGAGGCAACGACCGAUCUGAUCAAGUCAACCUUUGAUGUUUCCGUGACAUUGGCAGAUCAGCAAGCCAACCCGACUUCUCCUCUGCAUAGUGUGAAAACGUUUGAGGAACUUGGCUUACACCAAGACCUCCUGAAGGGCAUUUACGAUAUGGGUUUCUCGAAGCCUUCUAAGAUCCAGGAACGUGCACUCCCUCUUCUCCUAGCCAACCCCCCUCAAAACAUGAUCGGGCAGUCACAAUCGGGAACAGGGAAGACGGCGGCGUUCGUGCUUACUAUGUUGAGUCGAGUUGACUUUUCAUUGAACAAGCCACAGGCUAUCUGCCUCGCGCCAUCUCGGGAACUUGCUCGACAAAUCAUGUCCGUUGUCGUAGCUAUGGGCAAAUUCACACCUGUGCAAACCGAGUACGCUAUCAAAGACAACCUGCCUAGAGGCACUACAAACGUCACCGCACACAUAAUCGUGGGUACACCAGGGACCAUGACGGACCUAAUCAGGAGGAAGGUCAUAGAUGUCUCGGAGGUGAAGGUUUUCGUUCUAGAUGAGGCGGAUAACAUGCUGGACCAGGACGGUCUCGGCGAACAGACCCUUCGCGUCAAAAACAUGCUACCACGUUCACACCCCGUUCAGAUUAUCCUCUUCUCCGCCACGUUCCCGGACAACGUGCGCAAUUUCGCAAAUAAGUUUGCUCCAAAUGCAAAUAAGAUCGAGUUGAAGAGGAAUGAAUUAUCAGUGACCAAUAUCCGACAGUUCUAUAUGGACUGCAAGAGCGAGGAGCACAAGUAUGAUGUUCUCGUUUCGCUCUACCAUCUAUUGGUUAUUGGUCAAAGUAUUAUCUUCUGUCAGCAUCGACAUACUGCGGACCGAAUUUCACAACGAAUGACAGCAGAAGGCCACAAAGUUGCAUCGCUGCAUGGUGCGAAGGACGCGCAGGAACGUGACACGAUAAUCGAUCGUUUCCGGGAGGGUAAGGAAAAGGUGCUGAUCACCACCAAUGUCAUCGCUCGCGGUAUCGAUAUCUUGCAAGUCAACAUGGUGGUCAAUUAUGACCUUCCUCUUCUGAACGAGCGGGACCAUGGUAACAGGAAUGAUGUACGGCCCGAUAUUGAGACCUACAUCCAUCGAAUCGGACGUACGGGACGCUUUGGACGGAAAGGAAUUUCAGUCAAUUUCGUUCACGAUAAGCGAACAUGGUCACAGAUGGAACAGAUUGAACAGGCGACUGGAAAACAUAUCGUUCGAAUCCAGACUACUGAUCUGGAUACGAUGGAAGAGCAAAUGAAGAAGGCUUUGAAGUAGUUCGAUGAUUCCAGGCUCUCAAGGCCUCAUUGAUUGCGUUUCUCCUUGUUGUACUUCACUUUUGUACUAUUCCGGGGUUCCUCCGACCUGGAUUGCCCUGUUUAUUCCACCCAUUGUCACAAAAAGACCCCGACAGUUGAUAUGUUUAUAUCGUUCAGAUUAACAAAGUCUAUAAUUCAACAGGCUCUCUACACUCGUACUCUCACUUCCCGUACAUCACGGUAAUGCCUAUUUGAUUUGUGCCGCGUGUCUCCCUCGUUGGUGGCGCAAUUGUCGAUAUAGACUGUUUACGGAUGACGUUCUUCUCUGUCUGAUUCGCAGUGACAGGUUCGAGAGGCCCACCUUGGCUCCAAAACCCCUUUCUCGGCAUCCGCGUCCAAUUCAAGAAAAGUGCCCUCGGAUU